AUGUCUACCAUUGUAAUUUUAUGGAAAAAAAGGGAACGGGGAGAGUAUGUAUCUUUUAAAAUCCAAAGGAUCGCUUAGCCCUCUGAUUAUAAUAUUGUUAUAAUUAUUAAAUGAUCAUAGGUAACUUAUAUUUCGACGCUUUUGUCAAUAAAUAGAUCACAUUUUGUAUGAUUUUUAUUGGCAGUAAAAGAGAAAUAAGCGAUAAAGAGAGAAAGAAUAAGAACAAAUAAAAGCAAUGAAAUAAGUAUGUUAAUAAAUUGGUUUCUGUAAUUCUGUAAUUUCAUUAGAUAUGAACAAGGGAUCUACAUUUUCGUUGUAUGACUUGUUGUAGAACAAUCAUAAAAUUGUUUUUUGGAUAAUAUAUUUAAUUGUUUCUGCAAUCCUUUUGUCUGUAGUUGUGUAUUUGCUGUGCGCGAUCCCUUGGAAGCAAUCGAAAAAUAUUUGCUACCAUGUUUUACGCGUCAUGACAUCCACGCCAAAAUUUUAAAUAAUGUGAGAUCGAGCUUGGAAACAAGCGUAUAUGUUACAAGCAAAGAGUUGAACAGUGUUUUAAUGAAGAUGUGUCUUAGGCAAAAUCUUGUCAAAGAGACAAUGCAAUGUAAAAGAAUCUACUUUUCCAUAAUUCCUAGUAUGGAUUUAAUCAAUAAACGAGCUUUUCGUUUUAGGCAUUGUUGGGGAGACACGGGAAGCUCUUUGCUGUAUGUGCAUAUACACAUAUAUACAUAUAUAUUGUAUACAGGAUGUUUCAACUAAAUGGAAUCACCUAA